AUGAAUCAACAAAAGAUUCCAAUUCAUUCGGAACAGCAAUGUUCCGAAAUUUUUGGCGAACCAAUGCAAUUUCCUCUACAAAUUGGAAAUGAUACGUUCGUUGUCACGUAUCAAGACCAGCGAAUCAUCAUUGAUCGAAGGAAUUGGUUCUUGUCCCACAUUCUGCAGCCCACUAAAGCAAAUGACGAAAUGGAUUGGGAGCAAUCAUCAAUGUACAAUCAGCCAAACCAACCGGCAAUAAACCAUCAGCAAGUGAUUGCUCAGCUGUUGCUAGAACUGCAAGCCAGAAGUAAUACAACUGCAAGCCUACAACCUGUACAAGCUUCGGAAUUUAUGCAAGGGAAACGAUUCUGCUUUCACUAUGAUAAACAAACAGACACGCAGGACCUAUCAUAUUAUCAAAAAAGAGAACAGAAGCUAGUAAAACAUGUCCACUACUUCACAGAACCCCUUGUUAAAAACAUGGCCACUAAUACGGAUGCAGUUGUUCAGUUGAUGGCAGGAGAUGAAUUUUCUGAAAUAUCCAGCUAUUCAUUGUGAAAAAAAACAA